GUUGGACACACACACACACACACACACCAAAAAUCGACCUGAAACUUUGUCACGUCUUGCGGCAGCUCGACCAGCAGAAAUCCCGCAGACAGCCGGAGUACUGAUUCGAUUUAUCCUCCCACUCCCACCACCUUCCCCUCGACCCUCUAAUUUUUGGGGACCGGUUGGUCGAGAGCAACGCGUCGCCGGGGCGGAAGCCAAGAGAGGGAGAGAGCCGCCGGUGGAGAUGGGAACCAAGCUAAUAGUGUUGGCGAUAGUCAGCACGUUGCUGGCGUACUAUGUGUAUAUCCCACUGCCGGAGGCUGUGGACGAGAGAUUGAAGUUGAUGCUGGUGGAUGCUUGUUUCCGAAGUUUGGAACACCUGGCAGAGCUGACUGAACUCGUUGGGUUCAAACAUUACAUGGAGAUGAUGAUGGUCCUCACUGUGGCAGAGUCGGUGGCUCCUUCGUCCGAUGAAAAUGUCAAUGUGACGGACACCACGUUUAACAAGGUCCCCGUUCGCGUUUACGAGCCGAGCGGCCAUCGCCCAGGACUGAAGCGAGCAGUGAUUUUCAUGCAUGGUGGUGGAUGGUGUCUAGGAAGUUCAAAAAUGCAACCAUAUGAUCUCCUGUCAAGAAGGAGUGCCACCGAGCUGAAUGCUGUCAUAGUUUCUGUUGAAUACCGUCUAGCACCCGAGCACCAUUUCCCUGAUCAGUUCAAUGAUGUUUACACUGUGGUGAAGUACUUCCUACAGCGAGAUGUGUUGGUUCAAUACUUGGUGGACCCGGGUAGAGUUGCUGUGUCGGGAGACAGCGCUGGUGGGAACUUGGCUGCUGCAGUAGCCCAGCAGAUCCAGGAAGACCCAGAGGUUCACGCUGAGAUCAAGAUUCAGGCGUUAAUCUACCCUGCGCUUCAGACCAUUGACUUUAACACUCCCUCCUACCAGCAAAAUGAGAACAUGCCAAUCCUGCCCAAGACCUUAAUGGUCAGGUUUUGGAGUGAGUAUUUUAGCUGUGACAAGUUGCUGCUGAAGAACAUGAUGGCUAACAGCCAUGCCACCCUUGAAUCGAGGGGCCUGAGUAACUUUGCAAACUGGAGCAUCCACCUGCCGGAAGAAUUCAGGAAGGACUACCGGUACGCCCUCCCGGAUCGAGAGAACGUGGACUCCUCCGUGAGGAUUCCUGGGGUCUUUGAUCCAAGGGCCGCCCCCCUCCUGGUGGAGGAUGAGAAGCUCAAGGCUCUGCCGCAGGCCUACAUUGCAACCUGUGAGUAUGACGUGCUGCGAGAUGACGGCACCAUGUAUGCCAUGAGACUGAAGAAGGCGGGUGUCCAGGUCACGCACGUGCAUUACGAGGACUCCUUCCACGGUGCCUUUAUGUUCAUCACAUGGCCAACCGAUUUUGCAAUUGGCCAGAAAAUGGUGAGCCACUAUAUUGACUGGCUGAGAAAGAAUUUGUGA